GAUACGAACACCCCCCCCCCCACGCACCAAUUACCUCCGCACCCUUCUUCCAUUCGUCCUCGCUACCUGAAUCGUCUUGCCGGCUGCACCGCAACCCCAUUCACCUGCCCCCCCCCCCCACACACCGCCACGCACAACGAUCUCACCCCCAACCCAAAUGUCUCGGCGCUCUUCUCGCCCCGACACGGCGCUCUACCCGAGCCGCGGCGAGAUGCACGAGUCGUGGCGCGGCGGCGUCGCGUGCCUCUGCGUCGCGAUCUUCUUCCUCAUGACCGUCGCCAUCAUCUACUGGCAGGUGGUGGACACUCCCGACAGAGCGUGGGCCCUCAAGGCGACGUCGCUGCGAAGCGGCUUGGCCUGGGACGCUCGCGCGCUCCGUCUCGUGCUGGCUCGGCACCACGUUCAGCGCGACGAUCGCGAUGAUGGCGGUGGUGGUGGUGAUGGAGACGCGUCGACAGAGGUGGUGGAGGAGGAGGAGGAGGAUGACGAUGGCGGUGGAGAUGUUCCGAUCUCGAGCGCCUCUCAAAUUGGAGAUCUCCUGGAAAUCCGCUGCGCCGCGGUCAAGGUGCCGGACGCAGGAGAGGAGGUGAAGAAGGUUGCGUGGAACUCGAGACGAGCCACUUGUGUCGCCAGGGAAACUGGUCAACAGCAGCAUCAGCAACGCCAACAGCAACAACACAAUCAUAUCAAUCACCAACAUAAUCGUCAAGAGCGCGCUUCGCCGUCUUCAUCAACGACAUCGCAAAAAGCAUCAUCAUCAUCGUCGUCGGCAACAUCGUCAUCGACAUCGUCGCCUUCGUCGCCACCCGAGUUCUGUGAGAGGUGGGAGGCUGGGGAGGAGCUGCGCGUGAGGGCGGAGAGCGUGGAUGCUGGAGGACACUUGGACUGUUACCACGUGGAAUGGACCUACCCGGACUGUCGCUCCACACUGCAGAACUGCUUCGUGCUGCCGAACGGCACGUGGUUUGGCUGGUCCCCCGAUGGGCACGCGUCCUGGCCCCUUGCGGACUCGGGCUCACAGCCGGACGGGAGACACCGGCGAGCCCCGUGGCACGCGCGGGAGGGGUACUUCUUGGGGUCCACAGGUGUGGCUCUGUUUGUCACGGACGGGAUCCCCGUCCUCAUCCCCACGUCCCCCAACACCAACGGAGGGGACUUCGAGCUGUGCCUGAGAGCGGUGGAGUCCAGGGACACGGAGGUCGCGGGGUCGUCUGUGGGGUCAUCCGGAGGUCACCGGAAACUCCUGUACUCGGUGUGUGCGGCUCGCGAUGUUCGGGCCGUGCACAGGGGCAUGCGGGCCAGGUUCUACGCGGCGCCGGGUUCGACUCCCCUUCCAGACCUCCUCUGGAGCCUGCUGUGGCACCUGCCGCGUGCCCCGGCCGACCCUGCCGCGCUCCACCGGGCCGUGCGAGGGCUGGCGAGGAAGCUCCACAAGCACGCCAUGGGAGACAGCGUCAUCAGCCUGGGGGAGGCGGCCGCACAUCUGCCACGAGCGGCGACAGCGGCGCCGCUGUUGGCGCAGGCGGUCGACCCGGCGCCCACGCCACUCCCGGCCGGCGUGUCGCUGUGCGUGGCCGCCUCUCCGUUCCUCCGAGCCGACAACCCCGAGUUCGACGCCAGCCUGAGGAGCCGCGACGCAGAGCAGCUGUGGAUUUCGGAUCCCGCGCCCCACGGAGGAGACGCGACGCCCCGGCUGGCGCGACGCGACGGCCGCCUGUCCCUCCAGCUGGACGUCACGCGGGAGAUGGCGUGGCGCUGGCUGGAGUCGCACGCCGGCGCGGCCCUCUCGUGGACGGGCGCCGGCCGCCUCUCCCUGCUGCUCGCCGGCACCGAGCCCCCGGGCCCCGCCGUGCCGUGCCGCGGUGCGGGCGGAGGCCGCGGCGGUGCGGGCGGAGAGGAGAGGGGCAGUGACGCCAUGCGGAGGUUCUCGCGGAUCGCCAUGGCCGUCGGAAACGGGACCGUCGUCUCGGACGCGUGCAGGAGUAGCGAGUUCCCGCUGUACGUGGCGCUACCCGCACUGGAGUCCAACUGGGGUCCUCGUGGUCUUGGGGCGCUCAUCCCGGCGGCGCUCCUCGCCAGCCUGCACGGAUACCGCUACUUCAUCCCCGACGCCGCGGGAGGCACGGCGAGCCGAGGGCCGCCUCCGGAGAAGAUGCUGUUUGUUCGGUGGAUGCAGAUCACGGCCUUCCUGCCCGUGAUGUCUUUCCUCACGCCGCCCUGGCACUACGACAACGAGACCGCGUCGCUCUCCCUGCGCCUGGCCUCGCUGCACCGCUCCCUCGUGGCGCCUCUGCUGCGCCGCUUGGCCGAGAGCCCCUCGCAGGCGGGACGGCCCCUCGUGCGUCCCCUGUGGUGGCUCGACCCACGUGACCCCGUCGCGCUGAGCGUCAACGACGAGUUCCUGCUGGGCGACACGUUGCUGGUGGCUCCCGUGACCCGCUGGGGCGCCGUGCACCGCGACGUCUACCUGCCGUGCCCGCGGUGCCGCUGGCGGGACGCCGACUCGGGCUCCGUGCACCGCGGCGCCACGUGGCUGCGCUCGCACCCGGCGCCCCUGCAGCGCGUGCCGCACUUCACGCGCAUGGCCGGGCGGGCCGCGUGACUCGACGAUGGAGGGGGGGCGGUUGGCGUGGGGGAGCGGUGGUGUAGCGGUCAGCGCGCUGGGCUACGGAUCUGACGAGCGGGGUUCGAUUCCCGCUCACGGUCAACAACCAGCGACGAUUGUUUGAGCCGGUCCUGGGCCUCCCCUAGGUCGACUCGGCUCCAAAUGAGUACCUGGUGCGGUGUGUAAACAUCGCAACUGUGGAGACAAAAGCAACCGGGCGUGAUUGGCCACCCACCCCAUCGUGUGCCGUGCCGGCCUUCAUUGGUGCUCGCUAACAGCACUUACCCCUACAGUCUGUUACAGGCUAUACGGGGGAUCUUUGUCUUUAUUGUUGGCGGGGGGGGGGGGUAUGGGAGUCGAACCCAGGGGUCGGGUCGUUGGAGAUCGCUGCGCUCGUUGGUGUCUUCAUUGUUACGCGUGUCACCCGCCCGCUCCCACCGGUGACGCAUCACAACAGAGUUGUACUGACUGAUGCUUAAUGUUCAUUUCGAAAGGUCGAGUUUCCUAUCAACAGAGUUGUGGUGCAGUGACAAGGCAUGGGUGGCAUUGGGUGCCCCUAGCCUAGAGACUCACGUAGCCGUAGUAGCACCUAUAGGACUCGCAUAGAGAACCCGUAGACUUACAUAGACACCCAUAGUAGCCUCGCGUGCUUCACGUGCCCCCCCCCCCCCCCACGUGCAAUUCAUUAAAUGGGUGUCCCCAUCUCAAAUUCACCCCUUGCCACCCAGCUCCUUCAUAGCCCGGUGGCUCUGCCAGCCCGCAGGCUUUGGUGCAGUUGCACCGCCUACACACUGGAGGGAUAAUCCCGAUGGAGGCCGCUAAACACGCCAGAAGCUGACUCGUCGCAAUAGAUGUUUGUGGGGAAAGGAGUAACUGAGAAAGCCCAUGCUGAACCUACUUGCUGUAACUACCAUUUUAUUUCUGCUUGCGCUGGACGUUGGGCGUAUGGAUCAAUUAAUGAUCUUCUUGCGGUCCACCAACCCCUUCCUAUAAUGACUUUUAAAAAAAUUACAAUUGUUUACUGAGGAAAGCCUCGCUGAGUCUCAUUUCCAGGAAGGUCUUGCGAAAAUUGGAAUGUUGGGCGAAUCCCAUUCAUUGGGGUUUGCUUUUCAUGUGGCAAGAAAUCUGAGAACCCGGAUAAAAAAAACACACCACGUAUGAUGGAAAGGGGAUCUUACGUGUGAGUUGACAAGCCCACUUGCUGUACUGUUAUCUCCUGACCACAUCGCGGUCCAGCGAGUUUGGGAGUUUCACAAAUCUCUACGUGAUCCGCCAACCCCUUCCCUCCGAAGCACCGAAUCACAGGCAUAUGUAUGCAUGCUUGUGGAGUUGUGUGAAUGUAAUGUAUAUCGGGUUCUUUGUAUAUAUUUGCUAUUCGAACUUGAGAGGCUCGCCUAAGUUGACUCAGCCUAAAAUGAGUACCUGGCAUUUGGGUGUUGUGUGGUGCUGGCCACAGCCCCCCCCCCCCCCCUCGUGUGAAAAAGAGCUUUAUAGCUCAUCGGAUUCCUCCAGGAUAAAUACAUAUUCUUGAUUCUGUAAUGUGGGCAGCCUUAAUAGGUGCUCGCUAACAGCACUUGCUUAAACAGUAUUAGCUGGCAGUGGGCCUACAUGACAUUCGUAAAUGUUUAUACACAGUAGUGUACGUGAAAUGUAGAACGUAAAUGAUAUUGCCUUAGCUGCACUGGCAAAGUGAGCGCUAGUCUAUUUACAACCUCUAAUGACGGAUGCUUAAUGUUCAUUUCGAAAGGUCGAGAGUUUCCUAUCAUGCUGUCUGUCCUUGUUGAACUGAAAUUCACUGCUCGUUUGGUGUACUUGCUCGAAUUGUAUUUAAUAGCUCAGAGUCUAAACGAAUUAUGUCCACUCAAAAUAUUUACGAACUGUUUUGAUUAAUUCGGUGGGUCAUCAUCAUCACCAUCAGCCACGAUCAAUCGACCGCUUCGGUGAAGGCCUCCUCCUCCCCGAGAUGUCGCCAUCUCUCACACGGCGCUGCGACGGAUGCCACCACGUGACACGUCUUUAGCUCCUUCACACGAGGAGCUGGUGAUGUCAACGCCCAAUCUCAGCAGCAGCAAGCGAACGUCCUCUCCGCACGUGUCCUCUGCUUUUGCUUGUCGUCAUCUGGAACUUCCUUCCCCCUCCGGCAAUCCGUGCUGUCGACUCCCUUGUCCCCUGUUCGCUGCCCGAUAACUGAUUGUCUCUUCAACCAGUGAUGUGCAUAUCCACUGCUCACGUGCAACCGGGACAUACAGAACGUUGUUAUUUUUUAGCCCAGGUGUUGGCAACCUGCAGGCUCUUUAAGGACUACUUUGUGACGUCUCGGAUUCACAUCCGUGAAACGACUAGACGCCUGUGAAAUAGAGCGUCAUAGCUCAUGGGAUUUCUCCAGGAUAAAUAAAGAUUCUGAUU